UCCCUUGUUGAAAUCUCUUUUCAAUGAAGCGUUUUGUUUGGAUUGGGGUUUCCAAGGAAAUUUUGUAAGCAAUUACGGCCCUAUUAUGCUCUUCUACGUAGGAAGCAAGACGUGGGGAGCGUAUAGUUGCUUAGUGCAUAAUAAUCCCGGACUGCGGGAGAUAUUUCUCAGAUUUAGGAAAGAUUAUCUAACUCAAAAAAGCUGGUCUUUACAUCAUUUUGAACAACUGAGUCAUGAGGGGUGAAAAGUGACCCUGGAAUUGUGCCUGUUAUUCAGGCAUUUCAAUCUACAUAAUUCAAUCUCCCUACCAGAUACUUUUGUCAUCAGUAAACUUACAGGAAAGCAAAGCAGUCAAAUACAGGCUAAUACCAGUUUGAUUCUAAAAUGGGUUGUGCCCCAUCCACCCAAAGCUUUCAAGUCCAUGAGAACGAAACCCGUCUCCUACAAGAAAUAGACCGUUUACGAAAUGUAGAACCCUCACGGGAGGCAGAAAUCAGCAAGCUGCGUGCAGAAAAUGAGAAACUGCGACAGGGCCAAGUGAAUGGUGAGUAUGCAGUGACAAAGCCAGUUGAGCGAUCAGAGUCUCCUGAAGAUGACAGCCAUGAUAUGCUUGUGAAGGAAAUUGAAAGAUUGAGACUGGAGCAGAUUGAAAAAGAAAGUGAACUCAGCGAACUGAGGCAGACAAAUGAACAGCUGAACUUAACUUUGCAACAAAGCCCAUCUCAAGUUCAGCAGUUUGCUACUAAGAAUAGAAAUCUCCCAAAAGUUGGAGAUCCGGUUUUAGCUAUGUGGGAAUCAACCCCAUGGCAAUACUUCACAGCAACCAUAGUCUCAUUCAACUCCGAAAAGCUCCAGUAUGAAAUCAAUUGGGAUGAUCAGGAUCCUACCGGCCGUAUAAUUGAUUACUACAACUUGGCUCUAGACCGUGUUCCUGAGCCAGACGAGGUCGCCAUUGGCUCCAUUGUGUUGUUUCCUCAAGGGAAGUAUCGAGGUCAGGAGGGUGUACGUCUUGGUGGUUUACGAUACCAUCAGGGACGAAUAACAAGUGUUUCUAAUGGUCGUGGGGGGCAGAAACUUUAUGACGGUGUGCACACCAAGGGGGAAGAGGACAACAAGUGGAUCACAUACUCAGGUUACAACUUUCAUUUUACGGGAAUGGAGCUGUCCAAGUUACGAAUCUCACCCAAUGUGCUGGACAUCUUGUCUGAAGAUAAUUCUAGUAGUGCUGUGGAUGGCGUAAUUCGUCCUUGUGACAUAUUUAUCUCAUACUCAAAGGCUAACAGCCCUUCAGCCAUUAGAAAUCAUGAGCUGGGAUCAUCUGAUCCUCCACCUAGCUACGACGAAGCAGUUUUGUCGAGUAUCUGCGACCCACGUGACAUUCGAUAUCAACUGGAAGGCUACGGAGCCACGGUGAAUGGCGACAGACAGGCUCAACACUCACUGAUAGAGACCGUACAACAGAUUAACACAUCAAAGGUGUUUGUGGCGUGUCUCAGUGAUGAAUACGUCAAGGACGAAAUUUGUCGUCAGGAGUUCCAGUAUGCCAAAAAGACCGCUAGGAAACCAGUUAUCCCUGUUGUAGUGGGCAGUGGAUCUUUCGAAUGGAUGAUGACAGUUGUGGGUUUGCUUAUUGCUGGUGAAGUUUACAUUCACUUCAACAACAGAGAUGUACAGGAUUCUAAGAUGACAGAGCUUCUGCGAGCUGUUAAGAAGAGUGUGCCUGAAGUUAAAUUUCCGCAAGAACUUGGAAGCGUACAAGAUUUGCAGAGUACCGAAGAUGCCCCGGCCGCUGGAAUCCGAGAUUCCGCUGACGUGUUUAUCAGUUAUUGCUGGCUGAAUUCAGAAAAUGCACAGAAAGCCAAACAGGUAAGUAACUGUAGUUGCAUAUUGUUUAGGUUAUACUUUGAUUUCGAAUACACCGAUAAAACCCGCCUUGCAAGGCUUCACAGUUUUUUGCAUGUGUGUUUAAUUCCGUUCAUUUAUUCGUUUCAGUUUGAGCAAAUCGCCGAAGGACUCGGAAAGGCCAAAGUGGUGUUAGCGUUUGUUAGUAAACAGUACGCCAACAGUGAAAACUGCAGAAUAGAACUGCAGUUCGCUCUUAAGUCUCUGAAGAAGCCGUUGGUCCCAGUGAUCGUGGGAGCAGACAAUGACUGGCAAAAAACAGUGGUGGGGCUGUUGGUGGGCGGUCAGGAGAUCCAACCCAUCAAUUUACAGGAUGUCCACUCUGAACACGUGUUCAUAGAGAAAUUAGCGGAAAUACAGGAGGCUAUUUUGCCUUUACUUGGUCACGUAGAGGAAGCCAGAAGCUACUGUGCGCCUGUCAUAGGUGAUCACGUGAUAUCCCAUCAUCAAAAAUGGGCAUACUACACGGCGACCAUUGUGAGCUUCGACCGCGAGACUUUAAAAUACACAGUGGACUGGGACGACGGAGAUCCUACAGGAAAAGUCCAGUCGUAUAAGGACCUGGCGAUUGACAAGGUCCCAAGUGAAGACCAAGUAGGCGUGGACUCAAUUGUGUUUUUCCCCCAGGGAGGUUACAGCGCUACGGCGGGGAAUAACACCGGGGGAGUGAGAUACCACGAGGGAGUCGUCACAUGCGUCUACAAGGAUUCCUCGGGAUUCUGGAGAUAUGAUGGGCAUCACACCAAAGGCGACGAGGACGGAAAAUGGAUCACUUAUAAAGAUUACAACUACAACUUUAAUGGCGUACCUCUGCAAAUGCUUAGAAUCGCUCCGAACGCCAUGGAUGCUCUUAUGGCUUGUAAGGAGGCCUUUAGUUGUUCCUAAAAUAUCUCCGCUGAAAUAGGAAGUAGUUAAAUCACCAAGACAACCAGUAUCAAUAAGCGUUUGAAUAUCUUGCACAGUGUCCUUCCCAGCUGUCUUUUGAGAUGUCACGCAACGACUCCCUUCACUCCUCCCAUCUUUCUUCCCCGCCAAGAAAAAAAAACAAAAAAAAAAAAAAAAAUGGACAGGAGCGUUGCGUAACAGUUCAAAGAAGACGAUUAGCAUUGUUUCUUGCCCGCGAGAAUAACUGCUAGUACGCAAGCUGAAGAGCCUUUUCUGAAUAUUUCGUGUUUUGUAGUGAGCAAUUCAUGUGGAAAGGAAACUAUAAGACGAACAACUUUUGGUUGAUGGAUUUUAACAGAACCACUCUAGGCAUAAAAGCACUGACCCUAUUUUUGUAGACAGAAGAGCUCUGCGACUUCGAACUUCUAGUGGAAGAGUCACUGAUUCUGUGGGGGAGGGGACCGAGGGUCUGGGAAGCUGAUAAUCGAUGACUGAAAAUAUUUACUGCAAUGAUAACUAUGUUAAGUUCCGAAGUGGUGCUUUAGUCAGUGCGUUUCAUAGAGAAGAACUGAGGUUGUUAUUAGAUAUUUUCAUUUCUUGUUCGAAGUAAUAGCACCCUCGCUUUAGAUUCGACAACUUUGUUUAUAGUGUCACAACUUUCGUUAACCAUCCACCCGCUAAGUAUUAAAUCCACUCUUUUUAAUUACAUGUAUAUAACAAAUUGAAUUAAUUGCGGAGUAAAUAUUUGAUUUGUGGAAUCCUCGAUCUAAUUCUAAACCAAAAUAAAUUCCACCUUUGCCACUGUA